UCACAAUACGAUUGUUAGUUCAGGGUCACAAGUAUAUUUCCAGCCACAGCCACUCACGUGCCCGAAAUUUUUUGUUGGUCAUGCUGGAGUAAAUGGAACUGGGUUCCCUCUAUCGUACUUGUUUUUUGAAAAUAAUGGGCAAUGUAAAGAUGGA